GCGGGAGGACCGCGGCGCCCGGUGCCCGGACGGGGCGGCGAGGCGGCGGCUCCGCGCUGUGUUGCCCGGCGGCCCGGGGUGUGAGCGGGCGCCCUGCCCGACAGAUUGAAGAUGAUGCCGGUCGAGGGAGCUCCCUCAGCCCAGUCUUUGGAUGGCCAGGGUCCAGAUGCACCACUUGUUGCCCCAGUGACUGACCUGGAGACCCCACGAGGAAGUGGAUUCGCUGCUGAUGGUUCAGCUGAUCCUGACGUCUCUGACAGCGGACCGUCCACUUCAGGCACCCUGCUCCCGGCCGAGGUACGGACUGCUCCGAAGCUGCUCCAGAUUGACCGGCAGCAGAUCCAGGUGGCAGAGCAGAGUGCCCAGGUUAUGGAGCUGCAGAGCCUGGGAGUGGAUGUCUACGACCAAGAAGUGUUGGAGCGAGGAGUUUUACAACAAGUGGAUCAAGCUAUUAAUGAAGCUAGUCAAGCAGCCAGAAGAGCAGAGGCAGAAAAGGAAUACCACUCAGUGUUAGAUGACUUGAGGUCCACGACAGCAUGUCUGAAGCACACCAGUAAGAUCCUUGAGCAGCUGACUCCUCAUGCUGCCACAAAUAAGGACGUAAACAGGAAGCUGGAGUCCGUGAAGAGGCAGAAAGACAACAAGGAGAAACAGUUGAAGAAGAUCACAGCUAAACAGAAACGUCUGCAGGCAGUGCUCACUGGUGCUGAUAUUCAGAAGCUUGAAGCUGAAUUUGAACCUUGUGAAGAAGAACCUGGUCCUUCAACCUUGGGAAGUAUGUUGAUGCCUGUGCAGGAAACAGAAUGGGAACAUUUAAUCCGUACAGGACAGAUGACACCUUUUGGCACUAAGAUACCUCAGAAAGAAACAAAAAAGGAAUCUCACAAGAUCAUGCUGAAUGAUGCUUCGGAUUUUGAAAAGUAUCUGGCUGACCAGGCAAAGAUGGCAGCUAUACGGAGGAAACCUUUCAUUAAAAAAAACAAGAUGAAGACAGCAAAAGCUACGACUUCAAACAGCAGCACUCCAGAUCCAAAACGUAGCCAUAAGAAAAGUGGCACCACAUCUAGAGUAGACCAAAAGCUGAAGAAGCAUUUACAGAAAUUGCAGAGCAAAGCUCUUGAGAUUAAAUUUAAAGCAGGAGUUCCAGUGAAGAAGAGCUCACGUCAGGAGUCAAUAACAGAGCGAGAAGACAAAGGCUCGGACAGUGAUGGGUCAGUUUAUGUGCCUGACGAGGAGCUGCUUGACCCAGACGAAAUAGCUGACAACAGUGAUGAGUUACUGGACCACGAUAGGUUUAAAAAAGUAAAAAAGAAAAGGCAAAAAGUUAGGCACACGGAUGAAGAUUUCUCUCCAAGCUCUGAAGAUGAAGCAAAACACAAGAUGAGAAAACACAAGGAUGAUGGCAAUGAGGAUCUAUACCGGAAAAGAUUAAGGAAGUGGAAAACGAAACGACUGGUAGAAAAGGAGAAGCGCCGAGCCAGUGGAGAAGCUGCUGCAUCAGAUGAAAGUGAUGCAGAGUUUGAUGAGGGGUUCAAGGUGCCAGGCUUCUUCUGGAGAAAGCUAUAUAAGUAUCAGCAGACAGGUGUGAGGUGGCUGUGGGAAUUGCACUGUCAGCAAGCAGGGGGAAUUCUGGGAGACGAAAUGGGACUGGGCAAGACCAUCCAGAUAAUUGCCUUUUUGGCAAGCCUGAGCUACAGCAAGAUAAGGACACGAGGCUCAAAUUACAGGUAUAAGGGCUUGGGGCCUGUGGUUAUUGUCUGCCCAGCAACAGUGAUCCACCAGUGGGUAAAAGAAUUCCAUACUUGGUGGCCGCCAUUCAGAGUGGCAGUUCUUCAUGAAACAGGUUCUUUUACCAACAGGAAGGAGAGGCUCAUUCAUGAAAUUGUAGCAUGCAAUGGUAUUCUGAUCACCUCUUAUUCCUACAUCCGGAUCAUGCAGGAGUCGAUUGCACACUACCAUUGGCAUUAUAUAAUUCUGGAUGAGGGGCACAAAAUCCGAAACCCAAAUGCUGCAGUUACUGUUGCGUGUAAACAGUUCCGGACUCCACAUCGAAUUAUCCUGUCUGGUUCACCAAUGCAGAAUAACCUGAAGGAGCUCUGGUCCUUGUUUGACUUUAUUUUUCCAGGAAAGCUUGGAACAUUGCAAGUCUUUAUGGAGCAGUUUUCUGUCCCUAUCACAAUGGGAGGUUAUCAGAAUGCUUCCCCUGUUCAGGUACAAACUGCCUACAAGUGUGCCUGUGUUUUACGGGACACUAUAAAUCCCUAUUUGCUGCGAAGAAUAAAAGCAGAUGUAAAAAUGAAUCUGGCAUUACCAGAUAAGAGUGAACAGGUGCUGUUCUGUCGCUUAACUGAAGAGCAGCGUGAGGUCUAUCAAAGUUUUAUAGAUUCCAAGGAGGUCUAUCAGAUUCUCAACGGAGAAAUGCAGGUAUUCCCUGGCCUGAUAGCUCUCAGGAAGAUCUGCAAUCACCCAGAUCUCUUUUCAGGUGGCCCCAAGAUUCUGAAGGGUGUGCCUGAUGAACACCUGACUGAAGAAGAGCAUUUUGGAUAUUGGAAGCGCUCUGGAAAAAUGAUCGUAGUCGAUGCUUUGCUAAAACUGUGGUACAAACAAGGACAUCGAGUGUUGCUCUUUUCACAGUCACGGCAGAUGCUGGACAUCCUGGAGCUGUUUAUACGAAAUCUAGGCUAUUCUUAUCUUAAAAUGGAUGGAUCAACAACAAUUGCUUCUAGACAGCCACUCAUUUCUAAAUUCAAUGAGAAUUCUUCCAUAUUUGUCUUCCUUCUAACCACUCGUGUUGGUGGUUUGGGAGUUAACUUGACUGGAGCAAACAGAGUUAUUAUCUAUGACCCUGAUUGGAACCCAAGUACUGACACACAGGCUCGAGAGCGUGCCUGGAGGAUAGGCCAAAAGAAACAAGUGACUGUUUACAGGUUACUGACAGCUGGAUCGAUUGAAGAAAAGAUCUAUCACAGACAAAUUUUCAAGCAAUUCCUGUGUAAUCGAGUAUUGAAGGAUCCAAAGCAGAGACGGUUUUUCAAAUCUAAUGAUCUUACUGAGCUUUUCACAUUAAGCAGCCCAGAUGGUUCUCAGGGAACAGAAACAAGUGCAAUUUUUGCAGGCACAGGGUCAGAUGUUCAAGUGCCAACCACACUCAGAAAGAAAACUGGAAAAGUUUUCACUUCUUCACAGAAACGAAAAAUUGCUCCAUCAGCUCAAGAUUCCAUCAAGCAUUUUAAAUUGCCACGGUAUUCAUCUUCCCAUUGUGAUUCACAGAAAACCCAUUCAGACAGACUUCCUGAUAGCUCACAAAGUGAAGUGAAAGAGACCAAUAAUUGUGAGAGUUUUGAAACUCUGCCUCAGGUAAAAGUAGAAACAAAUUGUGCUGAAUGUCCAACUAAGUUACGUACAGAAUAUCAUGGCUUGAAUAUUAACUGUGAUAGAAGUGAAUCCACUGAUCCACUGCACGAGACAAGUAACAGCAAUUCAGAUAGUGCAGAAUGUAAACCCUUGAUGCAACCAGCAUCCAUCAGGAAAGCUGGACUCUCUGAUGACCAUGAGCCAGGACAAUCUGCAUCAGAAGAGGAGAAAAAAAACAAUCACCUAAUUUCAGAAACAUUGCAAAAUACAGCAGACACCAGCAAAAGUUGUAGACUACUUCAUAAACACCAGUCUAAAACAAAACAUCAGCUCUUGGAGGGUGAACAGGAUAGUGGUCUUUCAGUCUGUGGACGUAAAGAUAAGGACAAGCACAGGAAACGCAAGCACCACAAAGGUGCAUACUGUGAAGGUGAGCUCAUUCCACACUUGGUAAAGAGGCAGAAAAUGAAAAAGAGGGACCCUGAGGAAGAACAGAAAGAGAAGGAAAUUCGCAGACAGAGUGAUGAUUACGUGUUGGAAAAACUCUUCAAAAAGUCUGGAAUCCACAGCGUGAUGCAGCAUGAUGUUAUAAUGGAGUCAUCCAACCCUGAUUAUGUGCUAGUGGAAGCAGAGGCUAAUCGAGUUGCUCAGGAGGCUUUGAAAGCACUGAAGGCAUCAAGGCAACGUUGCUUGGCUGUCUCUUCUGGUGUUUCAUCCAGGAACUGCAGCAGCCAGUCACCAGUAGCAGUCGCUGGUCCAAAGUUGAGAUUUGGUCAGAAAAAGAACCCGCUGAUCCCAACUAGCAGUCCUGUUUCCAAAUCCACGCCAGAAAAAUGCAAGGAUGCUGCUAUACUUGAAAAGGACAAUUUUGCCAGGUCUCAUUUCAGUGGCAUUGCAACAGAAGAGGAGACAAGUCGUGUACUUCCAUCCUCAUCUUCGUUACUGGCCAAAAUGCGUGCCAGGAACCAUCUGACUCUCUCUCAAGCACUCGAGACUGACGGGAGUUCAGAGCCAGAAGCAGCACCUCCCCCUGUUCCAACCGAACACGAUGAUCUGCUGGUGGAAAUGAGGAACUUCAUUGCAUUCCAGGCUGGUAGCGAUGGGCAAGCCACAACUGCAGAGUUGUUACAAGAGUUCCAGUCCAAAUUAUCAUCAACACAGACAGUUGUUUUCCGAGAACUACUUCGGAAUUUGUGCACUUUCCACAGAAGCUCCUCAGGGGAUGGAAUCUGGAAACUGAAACCAGACUUCCGGUGAAUAUUCCUGCCUAUUCCAUUGCUGUAUGUUGUAUCAGCGAUGUGGCAACUAUUGAUUUAAUUUUAUGAGUAAAGUUUAAAUUAUCCAUGACAAAUUUUAUGAAAGUUAACAAAACAUUCUUUAUGGUACAAUAACUGUUUCAGUUUUCAUCUGUGCAGGAUUAAUACUGAAAUGUUUCCAUUUUAGUCAGUGGCAUAGACUUAAAAGAAAAAUAUUUAUGUUGAGCUUCUUUGAUAUUUAAUGUUGAGAAAAUAUUGCUACCUACCUCAUGUGGGAAAAGCUUUAAAACUGCGUGCUUUAAGGUUAAAUCUAUGACUACCUUCCAUUUCAUUACAAUUACUAUUUUGGUCCCAAACUAUUUGUAAUUCACUAUUGGAUCACCUGAUUUCUUUUGGUCAGUUUGGUCAUCUGGGGGUGUUUAAGUUAGCUCAUUUAACAGCUACUUCUAAUAACGUGGAUAAUAUUAUUCCAAGUAAUAAUUAAGAACUGGAUAUAGAGAAACAUCCUGAAUAUGCAGAAGUUAGAUCUCUAUUUGUUCACCUUUGUGAAUUUAUAGAUUAUCAAGUUACAAAUUUUAAACAUCGGACACCUGAAUUUUCAGUGCAGUUAAGACUAGAUUUGGUUUAGGUUAUGGGAAAAGCCAUAUAGGGAAAAGGUUCAGUGUCACAUCAUGAUCACUUCACUGCCCAUAACUCAUCCUGGUGUCCGUGCUGACAGUGAUCACUACUUGUGGCCGGUUUUCCCUCGAUGGUUAAACAGGCAGAAGUCGCAAAUUACAUACCACCAAUAUUAUUCUAUUCAUGAAUCCCAGUAACAACAUGAGGAACUUGAAUUUAUAUAGCACCUUAUCACUUCAAUAGGAUAUUUGAAGUUUACAAUCAGUGAAUUGCUUUAUGAUGUGCAGUCACUGUUCUGUGUAUAUGUAUGUUAUGUAUAUAAAUGUUUUGAACACAAGUCCAGCAACAUCGAAUGAAUCACCGACCGGAUUAUUUGUUUCUGGUGUUGGCAAGAUUACUGGCAAGGGCAUUGAACUUAGAACUUUAUGCAGUUCUUUGCAUGGUGUCAUGGGACCUCUUAUGCCAGUUUGAACAGACAUGUAGAUCUACUAAAUCUGAAUGUUUUUUUUUAAAAAAAACAAUGUUAUGGAAUUAGAUCAGGUUGCAUCUAUGAAGAAACAGAGUUAAAGUUUCAGAUCAUCAGAACCUGGUAAAGUUAGGAAAAUAGUAUGUUAGAAUGAGAGAUCAAAGGGGGUGUCUGUGAUAAGGUGGAGACCAAGACACACUGUGGUCAAAUGGUGCUGCUGCUGGCUGGGAAAGGGUGGUGACGGCAUGUUAACUCCAGCUUAUCUGUCUGGAGCAACUGUAAUUGGAAGGAAAUAAUUGAAGGAGAGAGUGAAAAAUCAGUGUUGGAAUUGUGUGAUUUGUUGGUUGCUGGAAAUCUGAAAUAGAAGAGAACUCUGAAACUCUCAGCAGGGUAGGCGACAGCUGUGCAGACAGAAAACCUGAAACAGUGUCACGAGCUGGUGACCUUUCAUUGGAGUUGGUCAGUUCUGAAACAAGCUGGAAAGGCUGGUUACCUAAAAUUACCGAAUCAGUGUUGAGUGUUGAGGGCUGUCAUGCGUCUGCAUGGAAGAUCAGAUCUUUUCCUUGAAUGUACGUUGGGAUUUGUUGGAACAGUGUAAGAGGACAAAUAUAGAUCAGAAUGGGAUGGAGAAUUAAAGUGCCAAACAAUGGAAGCUCAGGGUCACCCUUGGGUUCGUGGAUGGUGGAAAAGGGGUAACACCUUUUUUUUCAACCUCUUCUCUUCCCACCAUCCAAUGACACAAAUACUCCAAGGAGUAAUUCAGUUGUACUUUCAGUCCGGUGUACUACAGUUAGUGCUCAUGAUGUGAUCGCCUCAAUACUGGAUUUGAUGUCUGUUUUGGAGAACAGCUCUAAUCAGUUCACAAAGGUGACCUUUGAACUUCCAGUUGCCGGUCACUAAUUCUCCACCCCCACCAUGACAUGUCUUUGGCCUCUUAUGCUCUUCUAACAAAGCCCAAUGUAAGCCUGAGGAACAGCAACUGAUUUUCUGUGCAAGCGUUUUACAGACAUUAGAGCUCAAAAUUGAAUUCAAUAAUUUCAGAUAGCCAGCCUCUCCGGUUUGUAUCGGAACUGGCCAGCUCUGAUGGAAGGUCAUCAGCCUGUAACAUUAACUCAUUUUUUUUUCUCUCUCCACAGAUGCUGUCUGACCUGCUGGGUAUUUCCAGCAUUCUCAUUUAUUUCAGGAUUCCAGUAACUGUAGAAAAAAAAAGGACUGCAGAUG